AAAAGCACACGCGCAACUGACACCAGCCGCAUACAGUACUACAACAACAUGGGGAUGCGAAUCUGAAAAACAUAUAGCAGCAAAGCGGGGUUAACGCAAUAACGACCAAAAUCUUACUUUUAACUGCAAAUGGAUCACGCUGUCAGUCCAGGAUUGUAAAUUGAUUUUCGUCUCAUUGACUCUUUCUGGAAGAUCAGGGAUAUGGCCCAUGUGUCACAUUUGGGAGUUUUGCUUUUUGUUGGAAUAACAGCUGCGAUGGCAAACGAUUUGUUAUCCUCUCAACUUGUGAAAAACCCUGCACAAUAUUUAAUGGGCAAAUCAUCCAGCGUGAGUCCGAAACAGUUGAGUGACUCUGCUAAUAAAGUAUCAUGUUUUAUGUGCCAACGGAGGAGAGCAAAGAGAUGCACAUGUUACACGUACAAAGACAAGGAGUGUGUUUACUACUGUCACUUGGACAUCAUCUGGAUCAAUACACCAGAGCACACUGUCCUGUAUGGCAUAUCAAGUUAUAGGGGCUUCCAGCGGACACGCCGUUCUGCUGAGGGCAGCAGAGGAGGUCGACGCUGUGCUUGUGCCCUGCAGCAUGACCCAGAAUGUACUGCUUUUUGCAGAGAGAGGUCUGGGAUCAAAAGCACAACUUAAUAGUUCUCUUCACUGUUAUGCUCUGUGUGCAGAAAGUGCAAGAAAUAAAAUACACAUCAUCCAUGUCCAGAGAGUGAGUGUCUUGAUAUGAAGGGUGAAACAAGUUGGGCUCAAUAAGGCAAAGGUCACAUUGGUGCCGUGACUCAGGACUUCAUUUGAGGUGGUCGUGGAUCUGCCCAACACCGGACCGGCGGGCCUGUCUUCAUUCUUCAUUGCACAGGACUUGCUAAGCUUUAAGGUUUUUCUGGGACUUUAUACAGUUACCUGAGAUUGGACUCUGAAAUAGACACUCAUAAGUGACUUGGUAUUUUUGCAAAACUCAAGUUUAACAGCACUUGUUGUAUAUAUUGUACAUUUUUUCUGAUUUGUAUAUCUUCAUUACCUGAUAAUGAAAAACGCAAAGUUG